UCUCUCUCCAGCCAUAUUGGGCUUCGCUCGCCGUUCGGCUCCCUCCGCCUCGCGGGUCGCUCCCUAGCUUCCCUCCGCGCCUCCUCCACUCACACUCGCACUUUACGUUGACCCAGUCACCGGAGAGUUCAAGCGGGAACCGCAGCGGAUACAAUGGUGGCGGCAAAGAAGACGAAAAAGUCUUUGGAAUCCAUCAAUUCCAGGCUUCAGCUGGUAAUGAAGAGUGGUAAAUAUGUGCUCGGUUACAAACAGACGUUGAAAAUGAUUCGUCAAGGCAAAGCCAAGCUGGUUAUUCUUGCUAACAACUGUGCAGCCUUGAGGAAAUCAGAAAUUGAGUACUAUGCCAUGUUAGCUAAGACUGGUGUACAUCAUUAUAGUGGCAACAAUAUUGAGCUGGGUACUGCUUGUGGUAAAUACUACAGGGUGUGCACACUGGCCAUCAUUGAUCCAGGUGAUUCUGACAUCAUCAGAAGUAUGCCGGAACAGAUUAGUGAGAAAUAAAUUGCCUAUGACACUUGAAAUAUUUUACAAAUAAAAAUGUUCAGUAAAAAGAUGAAA